UAGUGCUACGCUAUCUCCAUUCUCCAACAAUUAGACAGGCUCUCUAGUCUCUUCCCCCAGCAUCAAGUUCUCUCAACAGCACUCUCUCAACUUUUAUCAAUGUAGAAUAGUUUAAAUUAUACAUAUUCACCAUUUUUAUUUAUCAUGGACUCUCUUUUGAUAAAUUCUUCACUCAGCUUCAACUUUUCUAACCCCAAGCUCAGUUCUUCUUCACUACCUUUAUUCAAGCUAUACAAUUUCAAGAAACGAAAAAAUUCUUCAAUUUCCUGUAAUCUUAGUUCUAAUUCUCAAAAGCCCAAUUCGCAAUGGACGAAUUACAUCAGACCCUUUUCAGCAAUUGUCCCACUUUUGCAAAAGAUUAAAUCUUUUGCAGAAUCCACUUCAAUGAGUAGAUGGGGUUCUGUUCUUGAAGGGUAUAGUGAUUCUGACACUGUGUUACAAAAUGGGGGAUUUGGCAUUGCUUUGUUGAGUAUAACAGCCAAUGCUAAGGUUAGAAUUAGUCCAUUUGUGGCGACAUUGGCUGCAAAUCCAACAUUUGUUUCAGGGUUUUUUGCGUGGUUGAUUGCGCAAUCUAUGAAGCUUUUCUUGCACUUUUUGUUUGAGAGGAAGUGGGAUUUGAGAAUACUGUGUUCUUCUGGAGGAAUGCCUUCUUCUCAUUCAGCAUUGUGUACUGCUUUGACUGCUUCUGUAGCUAUAUGUCAUGGAGUGGCCGAUUCUUUGUUUCCGGUUUGUUUGGGGUUUACUUUGAUAGUUAUGUAUGAUGCAAUUGGUGUAAGGAGGCAUGCUGGGAUGCAAGCACAAGUCUUGAAUUUGAUUGUCGAGGACUUGUUUCAAGGGCAUCCAAUCAGCCAAAGAAAGCUCAAGGAACUUCUUGGCCACACUCCAUCGCAGGUCUUUGCUGGAGCUAUACUUGGAAUUAUGGUUGCUUGUAUCUGUUGUCAAGGGUACAUGGUUUCAAUGUAAUUUUGUUUCAUACUUUUUAUUAUUUAUCAGAAUAUAUUGGGUUUAUUA